UGAAUGACUUUUAGACCACUUGGAUGCACUUCCCCAAUACAGUUUCCUCUAAGUCACAUGGGGCCCAUGGGAAAGAGGUAGAUACCUGAAUUAAGUCAGGAUCCUAUUAAUGAGGGAGAAAGAUGGAUGAGGUGCUUGGUUAGGCAACCAAAGGUGUUCAAGUUUACCCAGAUAACAAGAGAUAAAGCCAAGAUACAUGUCCAAGCCAUAGGACUCAAGACACUCCCAUCACUGCACAGUAUAGUAUAAGGUAGAGUGUGUAGGGCUGGUACUAGGACCCAGGUCUGUUCAUUGCCAGUUUGCCUGUGUAUGUCUAGAAGGCAGCUUGGAUCCUAGAUUGGGGAAUACAGGUCCUAGUUUCUGGGGUCACCAGAUCUUACAAGCUGGCAUUUCACAAGGAGUAUGGGUUGCAGACAAGUUUAAUUUUUUUUUCCAAUUUCUUUUUCCCUUGUGGCAAUAUAAUUUUAGUCUUACGUUUAUGCACAGGCAUCUGCAAGUCCACAGCUCUGAUUAUUAUCAGUUCAUACAGAAGUUUGCAGACCUUCCAUUAGAAAUGACAGUUUCACUACCGCCAUUAUUGAGGUUGUGCUAAACAAAAGAUACAUUACUUAAUAAUGCUCAGAUUUUUUAUUUUGUUACAUGACAUUAUAUUGAUAAAGUCUAGAGUCAGCCACAGUCACAUCAACAUUUUUUAAUGUUACUGCUAACUUACUGGAAAGAGUCUAAAUUAAAGAAAUAUUGUUUGGACGUUAGCACAAUCUGUCGCUUAAUUUUUUUUUCACUAUUGGACGGACUUGGGCAUCUUCUGUAGUGUUUUAAGACAUUCCAAACCAAGGACAGGGUCUAGAUUUAUUCUUAGUGGUGAAUUCUGGGUUUCAAAGGCUACCCACAUAGAAGGAUCUCCCACAUACCCCUCAAAUAAAUUUCUUCCUUAGAUUUCCCUCCCUCCCUCCCUUCCUUCCUUCCCACUGGAAUUCCUAAAUGGUUAUGUGAGAUUUAAGCAGUUUGUCACUUACAUUUUACUUAUUUCUUGAAGAGUAUCUCAUUUUGUAAGUAUUGCAAAACUGCUAAAGUCAUUCUUUUGGGCUGGAGUAGGAAAAGAGAUGAAAGAGGUGAGGGUGUGGAAAGCAAAUCCCGUUGUCAGGAUCUUAACAAUAACUGUUGUUUAACUUAAUUUGACGCCCUGAGGUAGAACAUCUCACUUUUCUGCUCAUCUACAGCAGGAAGCAUUCCCAUAGAUAUUCUGAUUCUGACCUAGAGUGUUGUAGGGGUUAUAAAGCAUGUAAAAGGGGCAAUUCCAAGGAAGCCCUGUUUGUAUUGCCUAGAAAUGAACAUGGUGGGACAUUUGUGUAUGGGGAAGAAACAAGGGAUUUGGGGUAUCAGAGGGACAUGGAUAAUCUGGGCUGGGAUAUUUGGGGCCAUUAAGAAUUGCCAGGAUCACUGGGGUGAUUCAGGCCCUGAGUACCUAGGGCAGAGCUUCUUAGGGCCUGGAACUUCCUUAGAGCAUGGAUUUCAUCCUCAGCACAUGCACGAAUGCUUUACAGGAGAUUCCAUCUAAGCAGAAGCCAUCGACCUGUAACCCAGUUUUUAAGAUCCAGAGCACCUGGAAAGGUGUGCAGUUACUUAAUAACCCUGUGUUAGUAAUCAUGGUCAACAGCACAUUUUGAGGCCAGAGCAUGGUGCAAAAUAUUUCUUACAUUUCUUUUGGGUUCAUUUCAGACCAAACUGAGUUAGUCUUAGAAAGAUACCUGGACAUCUUUUUCUCUAGUCUCCCAGUUUUGUCCUUCCCUUGUCUUGGGGAAACUGCUUCCAUCCUGCAGGUUACCCCCAACAGGUCACUCUAGGUAGGUUUCCCCUGGGGAUGGUGACACGAGUAUUUUACAGUCCUUCCUUUAGUGUUUUCUUAGGAAUUCAGACUCUUUAGGGAAGCACAUUUCUAAGACAAAGUCUUCUAUUGCUACCCUUAAUCACUUUUCAUAAAUAGUUCUAAUGCUUGUUAUGAUCAAAGAUUCCUUCCUAGCAGAGGUGGGGGUGAGGAGGAAGAGGACAGACAAUGGGAUGGUCUGAUAUUUACACCAUAGCCGUCCACAGGCCUGCUCGAGGGGCCAUAUCCAGUUGCUUCGAGACUUGUGAGGAGGGGACUGAGGAGUUGAAAGAUACAUAAAGUCUGACUAUGAGUAGUCACCAUGUUAAGUGGAAGCAUAUAUGGGGUCAAGCUUAUGGCAGUGGUAUGGGAUUGUAACAAAAUAGUCUCCAUCUACUGUACCAGUUUGGGCACAAGGGCUUUCUUUUUAGAUACUUGAACCAGUCAAGCUCUUAUCUAAAGUAAACUGUCCUUUCUGCCUUUUAAAAUGCUUGGGUUUUCUUUUAUGGAUUUCCAUUAAUAUACAUACUUGGGUAGAGAAAGAUUGCCUCUUAUAUCUACGGAGUCAUUUGUAUAACAGAAACUGAAAUUCAGACCAUCUCAUGAGGUGUAUAAAUAUGACCAGAAGCUAAAAAGCAUUGGGAGCAUCUAAUAAAUAUAAUGUUAUUUUGUUGUUGUUGUUGUUGUAGCAACAUUAUUUUAAAUACAAAUUCUGUUGAGAGUGACUAGAUUUAUAAAUCUCUUUAAGCUGCUCAGACAAAAGGAAAAUUUAAAGAGCUAUGGUCAGGAAGGCUGAAAUGGAUUUGAGCUUGGUGACACCAAACUUUUAUCUGUUGACCUCUUUUCUCAACAUCUACAGGCAAACACUCACUCAUUUGAAACUUUGGUUUUAAAGAUUUCAAAGGAAGGAGCUGAGAUAUAAGUAAGCAGAAGGUAUGGGUUUCUUGAACUUUAUUUUCUGUAAGCUUAACACUCAAAAGAAAAAAUAUAUGGUCAUUAAUUUGAUGGUCAUACACAGGAAAGGGGUACUUUCCCUUGUGAGGCAGUAUAUCAUGGAGGCUGUGAGUGAAGGCUUGGGAGCCAAACUCCCUGGAUUCAUAUCCCAGUUUUGCCACUUGUUAGCUGUGUGGCUUUACGCAUGUCACUUAACCUCUCUGUGUUUCAAUUUCCAUUCUUUGAUAGCUUGGCUAUCAGGAUGGCAAUGUGCCGAUGGCAUAUGCCUUUUCUACCAAAUACUUUAUUGAUUAUGAGUGCAUAAUAAAUGCAAAGCUUGUAAUUAAUGCUUUAUCAGUAUUUGCAUCUGCAAGUUGGCAGUAACCACUCGUUCUUGCUGUAAUAAGGAGAUAUACUGGAAAACCAGGGGAAGCUCAACAGAAUGGAAGGGAGGCAGGAAAGCCACAUCUGGGAAAAGGACAGGAAUCAAGGAUGUCUUGAGCAGCAGGCAACAAGAGCCACACCCAGGUCACUCCUGGCACUGGCCGGGCGUUCAGAGCUUCUGCGCUACCGGGAAUGCUCCAACCCUUGUUCUCUUGGGUCACUUUCUCUGGGGGAAGCCAGACCAGUGUUGUAAGGACACACAAGCAGCCCACAUCGAAAAGAGCUGAGGGUGCCCAGCAAGAGCCAACACUACUUAUCAGCCAUCUAAGUGAGCGACCUUGGAAGUGAAUCCUCUGGUUCCAUUCAAACCUUCAGGUGACUAUGGCCUUGCCUGACACCCUACUGUAACCUCAUGAGAAACCCCAGGCCAGAAUCACCAAGUGCUACCAAACUCUUGAGUCUGUGAGAGCGUCUCAAAGUGUGAGAGAGAACUAAUGUUUGUGUCAUCUUAAGCCACUAUGUUUUGGGCAAUUUUUUACACAGCAGUAGAUAAACUGGGUUUCUUUACAAGCUGCACCAUAUAGGCUAUGGGUAAUCUUAAUCAAAUACAGAGAGGAGUUCGGGACUUAAAGGAGCAUCUCAAGCAAUUGUUUAUUGUUGUUUGGUUUUUGCUUUCCAACUAAGGAAACUGAAUUUCAAGUCAGCGUUCUGAAGCUUUGUACACUAUUACUUUUGAAAUGCGUUUUGUUCUUAAUGCUUUCCGAAAUGACCUGUUGUCCGUAGAAGAGAGAGCACUCCCUACUGAGCGCAACUGCAACUCUGAAGGACAAGGCCGCUUGAGCUGGAAUUCCCUCUGGCACCGUUAAGUCCGCUCAGCCCUUUAGACCCCACUUUCACUGCUCCCUCUCAUUCUUUUGGGUUUCUGGGCCAUCGCAUCUUUUCCCUUUGGGAAAACCAGGACAGGGGAAAAUAAAUUAAUUAGGAAGGGAGGGGGGCUAGAUACCCACUGGAUGUUGGGAUGGAGAUCUUAAUAGCGUUUGCGAAACACCAGCCCCAACCCCUUGGGAGACUGAGCCAUAACCCCUUCCCUUGGUGUCCCCGCCCGCAAAAUUCGCUCCUAGAAAAAUCCUCUCACGUCCCCAAGAGCGCAGGAGAGGAUCUCAGCGCAGCGCGAGGCUCUUGUGCUCGUUGGGAGAGGCGGAGCUGGGUUAACCAGCUCCUUGGCGCGUUUCCUCUGAGCUGGGGGAAGCCGAGCACGGACCGCGGAGUAGGCGCCCAACGUGGGGCGCCCGUAAGCGGGCGGAGGAGACCCGAAGGUGGGCGAGCGGGCUGCAAGCCUUGCCCGGCAGCUGCUCUCCGCGCCGAGCGCGCACUGCCACCGAGCGCCGGCGCCUCCAGGAUGGAGUGGGAGCUCAACUUUCUGCUCUACCUGGCGCUCUUCUUCUUCCUGCUCUUCUUACUUUUCCUCCUGCUCUUCGUGGUCAUCAAGCAGCUGAAGAACUCUGUGGCCAGCACCGCGGGGGCGCUCCAGCCCGGGCGUCUCUCCGUGCACCGGGAGCCUUGGGGCUUCUCCCGCGAGCAAGCCGUGUGACCCGCAAGGCGCGGGCACUAGCGGCAGGGCACCGAGCUGCGCGGGCGCCCGGCUGGAUCUCAGCCUCGAUUCUCUGUCCCCGUGGCCGCCCAGGUUCCAGUGCCAGGCUCGGUUGUAGCCCUGGCAGAUGCUUUUUCCUCGAUUUACAUCGUCUCAAGUUCUGGAACCAGGUGUUGCCCAGGGUUGGUGUGCUGAAGACCCCCCAAUGCAGUUACGGUUGGUAAGAGGCAGCCCUGCACAGAGAGGAUGGGGACAACCCAAGAUGGACCUUUGCUGUAAACGCAGUGUGCCUCUUGUCCAGAGGUUUAAACCCUCCUGACUCUUCUAGAGAGGAGACAAGAGAACUCAGGGUUCCCAGUUGGUGCGUGUUGGCUGCUCUAUCCACUGACCACAUUCUGAUCCUGACUAUCACUAAACCAAGUCUGUUUUUGAAGAUGGGCACAGCUGUAGAUGCAGGACUGAUGCCAUCUGGUGCAGUUCCACAGAAAAAGAGAUAAAAUUUACCCAGAGUGUGCCAUGCACUGGCUUUUCUGGGAAUGACAAGGUGCCAGGAUUUGUUUUUGGUUCAUUUGCCGGGGUGGAAACUUGGAACGAGAUUUUUGGUGGAGUCUAGUUUGUGUUUGAUCCCGAGAAAAGGAUCCUGCCUUUCGUACAUAGGAAAAGGUAAUCUAUGUAAAGAAAGGCUACUUUACUCCUUUCUGUGAUUCCACCACUCAUCUAGGAAUAUCCUGGGAGAAGACUUGCUUCUCAAAGCUGCUUCCAUAAUCAGCCUACAUCCUGCCUAAGCAAAGGAAGAAGAAACACUUCCCACAUCCAGGGCUGUCCAAAAGAACUUUCUGUGAUGACAAAAAUGUUCUAUAUUUGCACUGUCCAAUAUGAUAGCCACUAGCCACAUGUGACUAGUGAACACUUGAAAUGUGGCUAGUGUGACUGAGGAAGUGAAUUUUAAUGCUAUUUAAUUUUAAAUAAUUAAAAUGUAAAUAGCCAUAUGUGGUUAGUGGCUCUUGUAUUGUCCAGCACAGUAUGCACCUUUCUUUUUCUUGCAUUUUCCAACUACCUGGGAGGAGUUUUGAUCCAGUCAUGUGCUUGGUGUUCCAUCGUCUUUACUCUUCCACCUUGCCAUUGAACUUGUGCCCCAGAGAAAAGGAAAGAUGGUAUCUUGGAACUAAAUUCAAGAUGUUAACUUGACAUUUAUACAUGGUACAGAUUUCUGGAAAAAUGGAAUGAACUCCUGGGAAUAGGUCCUGUGAUGGAUUUUUGUGAUAAUUGAUGGCGGAAAAAUGGCGGUGGUACUGGUCCACUUAUGAUCCCUGGUGAACAUUAUGCUGUCCUAGUUAGAGUGAGUCAGCAGGAAUCAUUUUGUUCUGUUGUGCAAUUCAUUCUGGUUUAUUUUUGUAAUAUUGUGGCUGCUAAGUGAUUAUUCCAUGUGUGUUUUUCAAAAUACUUAGUGGUUUAUAUUUUUUAAAAGACUGUGAAAUAAAAAAAAUUAUACGUAACUCA